GUCCGGCUUCAUCGGCACCGAAAUCCUCACUCACUGCCUCUCAAAUCCCCUGAUCACAUCCCUGCUCAUCCUUUCUCGACGGCCCCUCCCAGACAUUGCAUCCCUUGCUCCCAUCAUCAAAGUCAUUGUCCGAGAAAAUUUCCUCGAAUAUCCUGAAUCCCUGAAAUCAGAACUCACUGGUGUGAAAGCUGUUCUUUGGUAUGUAAGAAUCCUUCCUCCCGAUUUCUGGGACAGUGGGGCGAGAGUGGGGUAGGGAUUCUCGGGAACGAAGUUGAUGGGCAUGAAAAGGGCAUUGGGAGGUUCCAAUUCAAAUCCGAUACCAAAGGGGAAAUGCGACGAAGUGGAGGUCCAGUAUCCUUUAGCAUUGGCGAAAGCGUUGAUCGAAGCGAGUAAAAGUCCGGCGGAGCAUGUGUGUCAUGUAGUGAAAAUCAGGUUUCUACUUAUUACCGGGGCAUUGUCUGUUCGUGACCAGACCAAAAAUCUUUGGAUUUUGGAAGAGGGAAGGAAGGCGAGGGGACUUGCAGAGACGAAAUUGUUAAAGUUGGCGGAGGAGAAUGGGAAUUUUGAGGCGGUGGUUGUCAAGUGUGGGUAUGUUCUUAAGAAAGAGAGUUCUGUGCCGGAGGUACUGGUGGAGGCAAGUAGGAAUGUGAUUCGGGUGGAUGAGUUGGCUGCUGCGAUGGUUGAGCUUGCUGUGAUGGGGAGUAGGAGUCAGACAAUUGGGAAUGCGGAACUGAGGAGUAUGGGGAAGAAGCUGCUGAAGGAACGAAAGGAGAAAGAUAAGUGAUGUAUUGAAUGAACACUCUCGUGUUUAAAUUAAAGAUCAUAGAGUUAAGUCUACCUCAAACUCCAGGAACAAUAUUGAAGGCCGAGGUCGAUAGAGAACGCCUUGAAAUGGAAACCCGAAAAGGAACGACGAAGGUCUUCCUACAAACUUCCGAACUCGUCCACAAUCCACAGACAAAACUGUUCCCACUCUUUAUUCCAUUCCCUGAUUCUCUUCGCGCGAAUACCGGUUCCGUUGACACCAGCAGAGAUGUCAUCUAGCCAUGUUUGUGUAUCUUGAUUCUCGAAAUUGGACCAUUUCACACUGUUCUGAGCAAGUGAACC